AUGGGUAGUCAGUGCAGCGACUGCAAAUGUCCAAAUCCGAAUGAGCCCGCUGUUGUGCAAUUGGGUCGCGCCCUCCCGAGCGACUAUGUGGCGAAGGUGAUUUCAGACUUUGCCCCAUCUGAGGGACCUGUUGUGGAGAAGGUGAUCUCAGAGGUCCUCGCGUUGGAUGGAUCCAUAGACCUGGAAGAUCCUGAAGAGCUUGCAGUCGACCUUGGAAGCACAGACCCUGCGAACCAUUCCUGCCAUGCAGAUGGAGCUUCUGUUGCUUCGAGAUUAUCGACCAUCCCCGCCUUGACCAUUGAGCCCGAGCUGUUGCGGGGGGUGUCGAUGACCCAAUGCUUGCAGCAUGGCAGCCGCCUUUGGUUGAAAGCGCCCUCCGACUGGCAGCUGGAGGAACGCCUGGCCUUGUUUUGCAGCUCCGAGCCGACGACAGAGAUCGAUGUCUUCAUCUCUCACACCUGGACUGAGCGCUCUUCAAGCAAGUUUUGCUUUCUACUGGCCAGUCACGGCUGGCCGGUCUCCUUGCUGCUUUGGGUGCUUGCUGUGGUGCUUUCGAUGACCUGCUGCAUUCUGAGAUUUCUCCCCAUGCCCUUGCAGCGAACAUUCAUCUUUGUUAGUCAACUGGAAGAAGCACCGGCUGGCUUUUGGGUCCUUGCUGCUGGGCUUGUGGCGCAGAUCAUCGGGCUCUAUGUGAGCCCCUACGUACCAAGUCGAGCAGGGUGGGGCACUUGCUUUGUCGAUUUCAUGAGCAUCAACCAGGCGGAUGAGGAGCUGAUGCAGAAAGGUAUUCGUGGGAUUGGUGGCUUUUUGCAACACUCAAAGGUUUUGCUAAUCCUGUGGAGCCCUGCAUACCUGUCCAGGUUGUGGUGUGUCUUUGAGCUUGCGGUCUUUCGCAUGGCCAAUCCUAAUGGGAAGAUCUCCUUGGUGCCAAUGGUGAUGGUGAAGUUGGCAGUCUGUUGCUUUUUGACCAUGCUCUGCGCCGUCAUUUCCACGAUGAGCGUUCCCUGCUUGAAGUUGGACUCUCCAAACGCGUCUUUUCGGCUUCAGGUGAUACUCAUCACCAUUGGUGCACUUCCUUUGGCCGUUGCUGUUCACAAGAGCCGCAAGAGCAUUUCGGAGAAGCAACACUUAGUUGAAGAGCUCGCCAACUUUACGCUCAGCGAAUGCCUGUGCAGCAAGGAAUCGGAUCGAGAAUUUGUGAUCCAGUCGAUCAAGUCCCUGUAUGGAAGUGAGACAGAGUUUGAGGCCUACGUGCAAAACAACCUGCGUGAGGAGCUGAUGGGAUGGAGAUUCCGCUGGACGACGCCAAAGCCUCUACUGCUGAUGAUUUGCCUUCCAGGAAUUGCCGGGAGCUUGGAUGUGACUGCAGGCCUAGCAAGGGCUGGCUAUCCCAUCAAAGACCUCCUAACCUGGUUCUGUGCCUCAACGGUUGGCUUCGCUACGUUGUGGACUUACACCUGGUGGCAAGUGUUGCUACGCCUCACCGAUCGAUUCUUUGCGACUGCUCAGCACCGGUCAGUUGACAUCCUCAAGACGCUCUCAAUCUACCUUAUUUUUCUGGUUAUGGUCUGUUCGGGAGUUGUUGCUUCACGUGCAGCAAUGGAACGGGGCAACCUCAUGGUUGGUGUGUGGUGCUUGACGGCCUUGUUGGCCGCAGUGUUUUCAAAUUGUUGUUGA